GCCAGUCAGUGGGCAGGGCCAGCGGCCGGCUCGGGGCUCCCUUGCUCACUCAGAGCGGCCCGCUUGCGGCCCCGCCGGCGUUGGCACGGUGACAGUAGCCAAGUGUGCAAACUUGUGCCAUUGUCCCCAGGCCAGGGGGAGCCAUGGAGACUGGCUAAUAUGACACAGGAAAAUGUUUGCUGAUGGCAAUUCUAUGGGCUUUGUCCACCUCUUUCUCCAUCAUGACGACUCGAUUUAAGUCCCUAACUGUUUGACUACAAAUGCAAGGGGACCGUGCAACGCCAGCCUUUUGUCCGGCCGCGCUGAAUGGGCAAUUCAGGCUUUGUGCAGCUCAAUUGAGGAAGCAAACAUAAAGACAAGAUUCCUGAGAGCUCCGGCUCCCUUCCCAUGGAUAUCCCAGCACCUCGUUAGAGUCCCUCCCCGGCUACCUUGCCCGGACACCAGCGUGCUUGCUGCCUGCCCUCCCAGGCUGGCCAGUGCCCGGUGCCUCGGGUGAGGGCCGGGGACAGGGAGAGAGGGACAGACUGAGACCGGGACAGAGAGGGGGAGAGAGAGGGAGAGACAUUCAACACUCAAGGACAGAGGGGAAGGCAGCCCGCCCCGGCUUACCCCGUCCGAUUGUCUGUCUGCACUGGAGCAUGGCAGCUGUAGGCCUGGAGUCUUUAGGGGAGGUAUGCAAACCCCACUCUUCUGGGCUCAGCCCCUCCUCACUCCUGGACUUUUUAAACACACACACACACACAUACACACACACACAUACACACACGCGCGCGCGCACACGCACACACACACACACACACACACACUGCCCCCUCAAGAAACCAGGGAACCGAGGUCAAGGGGAGGAGGGGCUGAAGGGUAGAAAUUUACCGGGAAAUGAUUGCAUUUGGGAGCUGUCUUUUUUGUGACGGUCCCCAUGGUGACAAUUUGUGACGGCAAAGAAUGUGGGAACGGGGCGCUGCCGCCUGAUUGGGAUGCUUUGUAUCUGGAGAGGCGCUCCUGAUUGGCCUGAGGGGCCCCCCAGCUCCGGGGACUCGUCCUCCAUCCAGCCCACUCGAGGGCUGCACGACCGCUUCCAGCCGGACGCACGGAGCUCGCCGGCCACGCCGGGCCUGGCCCAGGUCUGCGGCGGGGAACCUGCCAGGCCACGUCGGCGGCGGGGCCCGGGGCCGGCCUGCACCCCCGGUCAGCUCUGUGCCCUUCCCCGGAGCUGCCAGCCACCAGCAGAGCCCGCCCUCUUCAUGGAAAGCCCCAUGCAGUGGUCCCCUGGUGAUGGCAUCCGACAGUGACGUGAAGAUGCUGCUGAACUUUGUGAACCUGGCGUCCAGCGACAUCAAGGCAGCCCUGGACAAGUCUGCGCCCUGCCGCCGCUCAGUGGAUCACCGCAAGUACCUACAGAAGCAGCUUAAACGCUUCUCCCAGAAGUACUCCCGGCUUCCUCGGGGCCUCCCCGGCAGAGGGGCCGAGCCUCACCUGAAAAGGGGAGCUGAGGACCGGCCCGGGAGGCUGCCCCUCGGUUCUGGCCACGAUUCCAGUACCGGUGAGGGUGGGGGCUGCAAGGAGAAAGCUCUGGGGAACCCCUACAGGGAGGAAUGUCUCUCUAAGGAGCAGACCCUACAGAGGCAGAACCCAGAAGCUGCCAGGCCUGGCCAGGUGCCCAUGAGGAAAAGACAGCUGCCUGCUUCCUUCUGGGAAGAGCCUCGGCCCACCCACAGCUACCCCCUGGGGCUGGAGGGGGGGCUGGGCCCCAGGGAGGGACCUCCCUAUGAGAGUAAGAAACACUGCAAAGGCUUGGAGCCCUUGGAUCCUGAGACGGCCCCGGUGCCCACAUCCCCAAGGGCACCGGCUGAAAAGGAGCCACUCAAGAUGUCUGGGGUCUCCCUGGUGGGCCGAGUCAAUGCCUGGAGCUGCUGCCCCUUCCAGUACCAUGGACAGCCCGUCUACGCAGGUCCUCCAGGGGCCUUGCCUCAGAGCCCGGUCCCCGGCCUGGGCCUGUGGAGGAAAAGCCCCGCUUCCCCCGGGGAGCUGGCCCACUUCUGCAAGCACGUGGAUGGGCCAGGGCAGAAAGUGUACAGACCCGUGGUUCUGAAGCCCAUCCCGACCAAGCCCGCUGUGCCCCCGCCCAUCUUCAAUGUCUUCGGCUACCUCUAGCCUGGCUGGCAGGGCCUCGGCUCCCACCUCUGGCCCGCGGGGGUGUUGGGGAGCCCCCCGGGAGCGCUCCAUGUGCAGAGCCAGCUGAGCAGUGGUGUGGUCUCUCGGGACCCUUCCUUUGUGUGUGGGUGGGAGGGGGAGGACGCGGCUGGGGCAGCCUCUGCAGCCUUGGGAGCUGUGGGGCUGGGCUCUGCUGGCCUCUCUACCCGACCAGACCAGAGUCCCAUUGUCCUUGUGCGGGUCUUGGGCAGUGGGGCUUUGCCCUGGUCUGCCAGCCACUCCAGAAGCCAGAGGUACACAUCUGUUCAUCUGCCACCCACUGUGUAAGCCACUAUCUCAGUUCUGUUCUUUCUGGGUUUUUUGGUAAAUAUUAAGAAAGUUAAAAGAAUAAAGACAUUUCUUUUGCAGUUUCCACA